GUUGGAAUGUAUGGGGUGUGGCGCUGGUCAGAGUCUGCGUACCUGACGGAGAGGCACUUGUGCAUUCUAGCGUACAAGGUUACCGUAGAGAUACCCCGAACGAGACGAUCGCCGUCGUCCCGAGGGCGCGCGAAGCUCUCCAUCGUGCCUUCGGCCCACGGUCCGGGGCGCUCUCGUCUCUCGGGGACGUUACGACGUCCAGGGCUACUUACAGUAGCUCUCCAAGGCCCUCUUCCGAAGCCAUGGCGACUAGCCAGCAACUGGCCUCCUCCGCCGAGCCCAAGAGCCCGGGAGCCAGGCUGACCAUAGACCCCCUCCCGCACUAUCCGGACAUCGUCCUCGCGCUCAACGUGAUCGAGACCAGUCCGCCCAAGUUCCACUGGUACUUCUUCGUGCCCGACGCCGGGGACGCGCACCUGGACGUCCAGGCCGGGCUCAAGAUGCACGCCACGACGGACUUCAGCCCGAGCCCAGCCGAGCGGACGUGGUGCUUCGACGCGGAGCGGACUACGCUCGCGACGGACGAGGGCGGGCUGGCGGCUGCGGCCGUGGUUGGCCGCCUUACCGGUGCUACUGCCAGUCAGGUCGACGGCGAGGGGGAAAGCGGCACCCAGGGUGCGCUCCGCGACCUGCUCGCGCGCAUACCGAUGUCUGUCCCUGAUGCGGACAGGGCGCGCGAGCCGGUGUUUACGUGCCGCGUGUGGGCGCGCGAGGCGUUGCGGAGGAUGCACGGGGCGGGAUACGUGCGCUGCCCGGACGUGGACGCGGUGGAAGAGGAGAUGUGGGGAUAUGGACGAGCUGCUGCGCGCGCGAUCGAGGAUGAGACGUUUGCGUUUGCUUCUUUGGUGCAGUCGCUCUCCAGUCGAGCUGCUUAGCCACAUUGGUACUACGUCCCGCCCGCAGGAAUAAUCCCGCUCCCGUGUAGAUUAGAACAGUUAGCAGGUUGAUGGAAUAUAU